CAGUGAAUGAGAGGCAGAGACUUGGUGUCCUUUACGCACAUUACACACAGAUGGUGUGUCGUGCGUUCUGACUAAAGGACGGUUUGCGUUUAAUUUACGUACGUAAUGUUUCAUUUGGAGUCUCGUCUGGUGACCUGGUCCUCAUCGGGUCUCCUUGGUACUAAGUGCUUCAGGUCUGGUGACCUGGUCCUCAUCGGGUCUCCUUGGUACUAAGUGCUUCAGGUCUGGUGACCUGGUCCUCAUCGGGUCUCCUUGGUACUAAGUGCUUCAGGUCUGGUGACCUGUUCCUCAUCGGGUCUCCCUGGUACUAAAUGCUGCGACGCUGCCGUCCGGUGAUUAUUUCUCGGUAACCGUUGGUCUCCCGGUGCACCAGUGACCGUCCCCGUGGUUCGCGGCCAUGUCGGGACAGAAACCGUCCCUGAAGAGCGGCGGCUCCCCGCAGAGCCGCUUCCAGGUGGACGUGGUGACGGAAGCGUCCCCCGCCGACGGAUCCAAGCCGCCCGAGGAGGCCAGAGGCCGGUCCCGGGUGGUGGGCUUCCUGGAUACCGGAGCGCUGGGCAGCGCGAUGGACAUCGGGCUCCCGCCGGACGUCUCUUACGACCCGGACACGGCGAGGAGCGACUCGGUCAGCCUGCACUCGACGGGCACGGGACACACGCACGUCUCCGACAGCCACUCCAACACCUACUACAUGCGCACCUUCGGACACAACACCAUCGACGCGGUGCCCAACAUCGACUUCUACCGGCACACCGCCGCGACCCUCGGGGAGAAGCUCAUCCGACCGUCGCUGUCGGAGCUGCACGAUGAACUCGAUAAAGAUCCGUUUGAGGACGGUCUGGCCAAUGGAGAGGAGCCCUCGGCGGCGGAGGAGGCGGCGGCGGCGCUGAGGGCCAAGGAGGCGAAGGGAGGAACCGUCAAGUUUGGCUGGAUCAAAGGAGUCUUAAUCCGCUGCAUGCUGAACAUCUGGGGUGUGAUGCUCUUCAUCAGAAUGUCCUGGAUCGUUGGACAGGCUGGAAUUGGACUGACCAUCGCCAUCAUCCUGAUGGCCACCGUGGUCACCACCAUCACAGGUCUGUCCACCUCCGCCAUAGCGACCAACGGCUUCGUAAGGGGAGGCGGAGCCUACUACCUGAUCUCCAGAAGCCUGGGGCCGGAGUUCGGAGGCUCCAUUGGCCUCAUCUUCGCCUUCGCCAACGCCGUGGCCGUGGCCAUGUACGUCGUGGGCUUCGCGGAGACGGUCGUCGAGAUGCUCAGCGACGUCGACGCUCUGAUGACCGACGAGCUCAACGACAUUCGCAUCGUUGGGACGCUGACCGUCAUCCUGCUGCUGGGAAUCUCUGUGGCCGGGAUGGAGUGGGAAGCCAAGGCCCAGAUUGUCCUGCUGGUGAUCCUGCUGGCGGCCAUCGCCAACUACUUCAUAGGAAGCUUCAUCUCCACGGAGAGCAAAGAGCCCAAAGGGUUCUUUGGCUACCAAUCUGCCAUCUUUUUAGAGAACCUUGGUCCAGACUUCAGGGAUGAGGAGACCUUCUUCUCCAUGUUUGCCAUUUUCUUUCCCGCGGCCACGGGGAUCCUCGCCGGGGCCAACAUCUCCGGAGACCUCACGGAUCCUCAGUCGGCGAUCCCCAAAGGUACGCUGCUGGCCAUUCUCAUCACGGGAAUCACCUACGUUGGUAUCACCAUCUCCGCAGGCUCCUGCAUCGUCCGGGACGCUACUGGCGACCACAACGACACGGUGAUUGACACGGUGAACUGCACCGACGCCGCCUGCACGCUGGGCUACGACUUCUCCAUCUGCAAGGAGGGCGGCUGCCAGUACGGGCUGAUCAACGACUUCCAGGUGUUGGGUCUGGUGUCGGGUUUCGGUCCUCUGAUCUCCGCUGGGAUCUUCUCUGCCACGCUGUCGUCGGCUCUGGCCUCGCUGGUCAGCGCGCCCAAAGUCUUCCAGGCUCUCUGCAAGGACAACAUCUACCCCGGGCUGGGGGUGUUUGCAAAGGGCUACGGGAAGAACAACGAGCCUCUGCGGGGCUACGUCCUGACCUUCUGCAUCGGCCUGGCCUUCAUCCUCAUUGCCGAGCUGAACGUCAUCGCUCCCAUCAUCUCCAACUUCUUCCUGGCCUCGUACGCUCUGAUCAACUUCUCCGUCUUCCACGCCUCGCUGGCCAACUCUCCAGGGUGGCGUCCUAGCUUCAAGUACUACAACAAGUGGGUGUCUCUCGCCGGGGCGAUCCUGUGCUGCGUGGUGAUGUUUGUCAUCAACUGGUGGGCGGCGCUGGUCACUCUGCUCAUCGUCCUCGCUCUCUACAUCUACGUCAGCUACAAGAAACCCGAUGUGAACUGGGGUUCGUCCACUCAGGCUCUGAUCUACAACCAGGCUCUGACUCACUGCCUGAACCUCACAGGGGUCGAGGACCACGUCAAAAACUUCCGGCCGCAGUGUUUGGUGCUGGCCGGUUAUCCCAACUCUCGUCCCGCUCUGCUUCAGCUGGUCAACUCUUUCACCAAGAACGUCGGCCUGAUGGUCUGCGCACACGUUCGUAUGGUGACCCGCCGGCCCAACCUGAAGGAGCUGUCCCAGGAGCACGGCCGCUGUCAGCGCUGGCUCAACAAGAAGCGCAUCAAGGCCUUCUACACCCACGUGUUCUCCGACAACCUGAGGCACGGAGCGCAGUUCCUCAUGCAGGCGGUGGGUUUGGGUCGUCUGAAGCCCAACACCUUGGUCAUGGGUUUCAAGAACAACUGGAGUGACGGAGACAUGCGGGAGGUGGAGAUCUACAUCAACACCAUACACGACGCCUUUGACCUGCAGUACGGGGUGGUCCUCCUCCGCCUGCGGGACGGACUGGACGUCUCCCACAUCCAGGGACAAGACGAGAUCAUCCAGUCCCAGGAGAAGCCUGCGCCCGGCGUGAAGGACGUGCUGGUCUCUGUGGUCCCGACCAAAGACUCGGACUCGGACUCCUGUCCCUCCAAGACCACGAGUGGGCAGAGCAGCCCGCUCAUCGUGAGAGCUGCAGACAAGUGUCCUCUGAGCCUGACGGAGCAGCGCCUGCUGGAGGCCAGCCAGCAGUUCAAGAAGAAGCAGGGCAAAGGGACCAUCGACGUGUGGUGGCUCUUUGACGACGGAGGUCUCACCCUGCUGAUUCCCUUCCUUCUGACCAACGGGAGCAAAUGGGGGGACUGCAGGAUCCGCGUCUUCAUCGGUGGGAAAAUCAACCGCAUCGACCAUGACCGCCGAGCCAUGGCCACGCUGCUCAGCAGGUUCAGGAUCGACUUCUCAGACAUCCACGUCCUCGGAGACAUCAACACCAAACCCAAGAAGCACAACAAGCUGAGCUUCAGGGAGCUGGUGGAGCCGUACCGGCUCAGGGAGGACGACAUGGAGCAGGAGGCCGCCGAGAGGCUGAAGGCCCAGGAGCCCUGGAGGAUCACCGACAACGAGCUGGAGCUCUACAAGGCAAAGAACAACCGACAGAUCCGACUGAACGAGCUGCUGAAGGAGCACUCAGCGGCCGCCAAGCUCAUCGUCAUGAGCAUGCCCCUGGCCAGGAAGGGCACGGUGUCCAGCGCCCUCUACAUGUGCUGGUUGGAGACUUUGUCCCGGGACGUCCCGCCUCUGCUGCUGGUCCGAGGGAACCACCAGAGUGUCCUCACCUUCUACUCCUAGCACGCACACGCACACCCACACACACACACACACAUGCACACACACAAGAACUGACAUAUCAUGAUGCUUCGUUAACAGAUUAAUCAAAUCUCUCUUUCUUUUCUCAACAAUAACCAGCUGUAUAUUUUCGGGCUCUUGUGUGUUUUCAUGAGUAAAUAUUAACUUUGAUGUUUAUUUGUGUUGAUGAAGCUGAUUUCAGAGACCAAGUGGAUCCACGUUAAAGCUAUUUUGUACAUUAUUUUAUUAAAAUAUUAACGGAA